AUGCAUCGAGUAUUUCGAACUCCAAUAAUUAUCAGUCCAUCUUUAUAUAAAUUUACUUAUCCAAUAAAAAAAAAUGCAUUCCAAUCUACUUUGUUUUUAAAGAAGCUAUUUUUGAAUGAUUGUAAUCAUAAUUACUUUUCAACUAAUUCAGGUGAAAUUGCUUGUCGUGUGAUUCGUACAGCUAAAAAUUUGGGAAUAAAGACUGUUGCAAUUUACAGCGAAGCAGAUAAACAUUCACUGCAUGCUAAAAUGGCGGAUGACGCAUAUUUAAUUGGACCAGCACCUUCUUCAGAAAGUUAUUUAAAUAUUGAAAAAAUAAUUGCUGUGGCCAAAGAAAGUGGUUCACAGGCUAUUCAUCCAGGAUAUGGGUUUUUAUCGGAAAAUCCGAAAUUUGCAGAACGUCUUGCAAAUGAAAACAUUAUAUUUAUUGGUCCACCAGUAUCAGCAAUGAUUUCUAUGGGUUCAAAAAGUGAAUCGAAAGAUAUCAUGAUUGCUGCAAACGUCCCUGUCGUUCCAGGAUAUCAUGGAACAAAUCAAGAUCCAAAAUUUCUUAAGGAACAAGCAUCAAAAAUUGGGUAUCCAGUUUUAAUUAAAGCUAUAAAAGGUGGUGGAGGAAAAGGAAUGCGUAUUGUUAAUGAUUCAUCAGAAUUCGAAAUUCAACUUGAAUCUUCUAAAAGAGAAGCUAUAAAAUCUUUUGCUGAUGAUCAAGUUCUUAUUGAAAAGUAUCUUGAAACACCACGUCAUGUUGAAGUACAAAUUUUUGCAGAUAUGCAAGGGAAUGCUGUACAUCUUUUUGAAAGAGAUUGCUCUGUUCAAAGGAGGCAUCAAAAGAUUUUAGAAGAAGCACCAGCGCCAGGAUUAAGUAAAGAGAUAAGGCAAGAACUUGGUGUAAAGGCUGUUGCCGCAGCUAAAGCCGUUAAUUAUGUUGGUGCGGGUACCGUUGAAUUUAUAAUGGACAAUAAAGACAAACGAUUUUAUUUUAUGGAGAUGAAUACAAGACUGCAAGUUGAACAUCCUGUGACGGAAAUGGUUACUUCUACAGAUUUAGUUCAAUGGCAAUUGGAGGUAGCCUCUGGAAAUCCAUUACCUAUGACGCAAGAUGAACUUAGUCUUGAUGGUCAUGCUUUUGAAGCUCGUAUAUAUGCAGAAAAUCCAGAAAAUAAUUUUCUUCCUGACACUGGACCAUUGCUUCAUGUUCGUACACCAACAGCUUCAUCAAAUGUUCGACUAGAGACUGGUUUUGAGCAAGGAGAUGAGAUUAAUGUUUACUAUGAUCCUAUGAUUGCAAAAUUGAUUACCAAGGGCACAAAUCGUACGGAAGCAUUACGCAUAUUACGAAAAGCCUUGCAAGAAUAUGAGAUUGUUGGAUUAAGUACAAAUAUAGAAUUUUUGAAAAGAAUAGUUUCACAUCCUGCUUUCAUACAAGGGGAUGUUGAAACUGGAUUUAUCGCGAAACACGAAAAAGAAUUAUUUGCACCAAACCCAGAAGUAUCGUCUUAUGCUAUUGUUCAAGCCGUUUUAUCAUUAAUAUUGAAGGAGCAUCAAGAAUUAAAGAAAACUGCUAUCGGAUCAUUUGAUCCGUAUUCACCUUGGGGAUUAUAUUUCGGCUAUCGCCUAAAUGCAAUACACGAACGAAAUAUUUUAUUCCAUGAUCAAAAUGAUGUUCAUAUACCCGUUGACAUAAAAUAUUUGCAGGAUAAUUCAUUUGACAUUACUAUUCAUCAUGGAAAAGAUAAUUUAAUUACAUUUGAACGUGUUACUGGUCAAUGGGAUGAAGUAGAGAAGCAGGUUGUGGCAGAUAUUGAUGGUAUACGAUUUAAAAGUCGUAUCAUAAUGGAAAAAAAUAAUAAAAUGGUUAUAUUUGAUCGAGAUGGAAAAAUAGUUUUAUACAUCCCAGAGCCUUUAUAUCUUAGUUCAGCUGUUUUAGAUGUGGCACAUUCCAUUAAAACACCAAUGCCAUGCAAAAUUUCUCAGGUACUUGUUCAACCUGGACAAACAGUUGAAAAGGGAAUGCCUUUAUUGGUAUUAGAAGCAAUGAAAAUGGAGCAUGUUAUAAAGUCUCCAUUUACUGGCAAGAUUGAAAAAGUGUAUUAUAACGUUGGUGAUUUAGUUGAAGAAAAUAAAGAACUGGUUGCUUUUGUUGACGAAUUAUGA